AAAGGGACAUGUGACUCACCCGCGGCAGAAUCCCUCACUCCGGCCCGGGCACCGCAGGAGUACAGACGCGUUGGGUUCUUGCCGGUUCCGGACACUGGCAAGGGAACAUGAGACUAGCAGGACCGCUUCGCGUCGUGGUUAUCAUCCUGACAGCCGGCCUGACCUGGAUCCUCGUGAGCGUCCUGUUGGGUACCCAGAGCGGCUUCUCUCGCCUGCAGCAGCUCCUCAACAAUCCCGAGAAUCCUCCCAGCACAGAGCCCAGGCCCAAGAAGUACAAGUGCGGGUUGCCCCAGGCCUGCCCGGAUCAGACCUUCGCCUUCAGGAUCACCAGUGGUGCGGCGAACGUCAUUGGGCCCAAGAUCUGUUUGGAGGACAAGAUGCUGAUGAGCAGCGUGAAGAACAACGUGGGCCGGGGCCUGAACAUUGCACUCGUGAAUGGAGUGAAUGGAGAGCUAAUCGAUGCGAAGUUCUUCGACAUGUGGGCAGGAGAUGUGAACGAGCUGUUAAAAUUCAUCCGGCCGCUGCAUGAGGGGACGCUGGUAUUCGUGGCCUCGUACGACGACCCCGCCACAAAAAUGAACGAAGAGACCCGCAAAAUCUUCACCGAGCUGGGCAGCAGCGUGGCUAAGGACCUGGCCUUCCGGGACAGCUGGGUGUUUGUCGGCGCCAAGGGGGUGCAGGACAAGAGCCCCUUUGAACAGCACGUCAAGAACAGCAAGAACGCCAACAAGUACGAGGGCUGGCCCGAAGCACUCGAGAUGGAAGGCUGCAUCCCCCAGCGGACUGCUGAGAUCCAGUGAGGGCUUCCCUCUGAUGCCCGCAGGGUCUCUGCCUGUGCGGUGCACGCGGGGGGUGGGCGGGAGGUGUUCCGCCUGUCCACGGUUUCUGUUCUCCGCGCUCCUCCUCUGGCACGGCCUCUCCAGGCAAUCUCGUUUUCCUUUCCAAAGGGCGUGCCUAGAGCAGACCUUGGGAAGUUGGGCUUUGUCGACCCGUACCUCUGGGACCAACCCCUGAGCCUCCCCACGUGCCUUAUUUCUCUCCUGGGCAGAGUUUCCCUCCUGUUGUAAAUUCCAGGAGAAAAUCUGUGCCCUCCGUUGACCGCCGGCUCAGGAACUGUGCUCAGGGAACACGCGUGGCUCUCUGUCUUUCCCUCCGCAGUCUGCAAAAGGGACUGAUCAGUUGCUGACAUAGCCCACCGGGCUUAAAUUAAUGCCUGCUUUACCAGAAAGUUCCUCUGUUUAAGGACAGCCCCUUUCUUGGUUGGGUGCUUUUGAAAGAUGCCUUACGGGAGUUCAUUCGGAAGGCAAUGUUGACGGUUUGUUUGUGGCGAGAAGAGGAGAACCUCUUGGUUCAUCGCUGUUCGUAGUAGAGGGAAUCAAAACCGGGUAUUCCCAUUUAUUUUUUUUUGAAACACUAAAACUUGUUGCUAAAUGGAUUCUCAAUAAAAAAUGG